GAAUUGUCGUUAUUUUGCAUAUUCAGAGGGUUCUUUAUUUUACAAUCAGAUAUGGCAAGUAUAGAACAGAAUGAAGAUAUUUCCCAUUUCUUUUUCAUUAAUUCUAUGGUUGGACCAACAUGUGUUCUGUUUAUGUGCAUUGUAAUAAUGAUUGUGUUCACCACUACGAAACCAUUAGCAAUACCUCGCCCAGUGGUAUGGGGAACGGAAGUCUUUAUAAUUUGUCUUAGUAUGAUCGUUAUCUUCGUUAUAUGGUUUUUAGUCAAACGCAACAGAAGAACAUUUUUAAUUGAAAAACAACAACAGGACGUCACACUGAACAUAAAACUCGUGUUUUUGUGGGCGUUUGGGUUUGCAAAUAUCUUCAAAUUUGCUUUACAUAUAGCAACAGAUAUUGACUGUUUGCUCAAGGAUGGACGUCAACCAUAUUUAAUUACAUAUGAUUUAAGUAUUAUAACGCAUUUAAUAGAGAUUAGUUUCUGUAUUGGACAACUAGGAUUCUUAAGCUUGUAUGGACAAUUUUAUUUCAGACCUUCGUCUCUGAUCAACUAUGGUAUCUCUCUUACGAUUAUCGCUCAUCUUCUUCGUUGGUUUAGGAUGAUAUUUGACUCUGUUAUAAAUGCCAGAAAUUUGAUGCCAUCGAAUGUAACUCGGUUGGACGAUUGCUUUCGUUCGUCUAACAUUACCGCCAUUCGUUAUGAUUUGGAAUCGUACAUAAACCCAUUGAUUACCGAAUAUAGCUUGCUCUCUGUUGCCAUAGCUGUCAGAAUGUUUGUAAAUAUUUUUCAUAAAAGUUCUAGUUUAACAUUCUUAUGUAACGAACCUUCUGAAAUUUCCACUAAAACAAAACACCAAACAACAACAAACGAAUUAUCGAAAUCAUCUCAAUUGCUGACAGGACGCAUAUCAACUAUCAUUGCCAUAUCAAGUGGAAUAGUUCUUUCACUGCCCUUUUUGAUGACAUUAACAUUUGCCUUUGUAAAACCAGCAAACAUUGCAAAAGUAUUUCGUAUUAUCAGUAUCAUAUUCGAAGUAGAAUUCUUAGCCCUUUUAAUAUUUGGAAAAAGACAAUUCCAUGUUCAAUACAACAAACCAUUGAAAAAAGAAACUCCUUCAUCUUCUAGUGGAUAUCAGGUGACACUUAUAUUGAUUACAUCUGUGGCUGUUGGUUACGAAACAUUUUGUGGAAUAGCCGGACUUAUAAACGCAGGAAACCUCUUUUGUUUCUUGUUAUUUUUAAAUAAAUGUCUUGAAAUAGCUGUUAUUAUGAUACAGACCGGGUUUAUUCUUCAGAUAAAACACAUCUUUUAUAAACCACGACAGAUGAGAGUUAAAUAUUUCAGAGUCAGUAGAAUUUUUCUGUGCAUCUUUGUCAUGAAUAUUUCGAGAUGGAUGUUUGACAGCAUUGUAUUUGGACAUAUCAUUGAAAUUGUAUCAGUUGAACGAGAGUUCUAUGGAGAAAUCUACUGGAAAACUAUUUCAUCGGCUAUAUUUCCUUUUUCUGUUUUUUACAGACUUCUGACAGCAAUAGAGAUGUAUGAACUUUACCGACAUACAAAUACUGAUCCAUAAUACUUUUAAGUUAUGUAUGAUGCCAAUUUACCUGGUGUUUAUAUU